AAAUUUCAUUUUCAUCUUUUUGUAGUAAAUUUGCUUGAAUUUUUCCGACUCGAUAUCUGCCGACGCAAAACGGCGUAGAAUAAUCUAUAGUGUUGCCGUAAACAGUGGAAAAUGGAGUGGCAAUUUGUAAUACCGCGGGUGAACGCCGAGCUGCUUAGUUCGGAUAAGAAUAAUUACUGUGUGGGGCGCGUUCUCGACUCUCGUGAAAUUUCAGACGCGCUCAAGAAUGCUCGUCUAGCGUUGAACGAUCCGUUCGGAAUAUUUGAUCAUUUCGAUACAUUCUACUCCGUGAUCGAUAAUGCAAAGCAAAUUUCUGGCAGCAACCUUCUGAGAGCAUACGAUUUGUUGUACAUUGCCAUCGACCGAUUAGGGACUAUGUUGGCGGAAUUACUUAAUCAGGCAGAUUUGUCUCAGCAAGAUCGACUAGCUUCGUUAAAUGCAAUAAAAAUGUUGAUCUAUUUGAUGGGUGGCACCGUCAAAGCGAUUGAUGCUCACGUAAAUGCCUUGCGAGAAAGUGGCGGUUUACAGAAGAAAACGGGUGUAAACAAAAAAAAGGAAACUGAAGAACAAGUGGAAGUCCUAGACUGGGAUAAUAAGCGAAGCCGAUGUGUCGUACAAUUGUACAAUCUAUUCCAGCUGCCAUUGGAGAAAUUAUGGGAUCCUCCAGUUUGUGAGGAAACAUUUGUGGAUCUCAUUUGUGAUAUUUGCUACCGUACGUUGGAGCAGUCUUACGUAAAAAACCGUAAUGUAGUAGAUAGUGUAUUCCAGAUCUUAGGUACAGCUAUAAAGCGGUACAACCAUGCUUUAUCAUUUCCGGUGAGAAUACUUCAAAUUUUGGAAAGGCACGAAGGAUCGAUUGCUCCGAUCGCUAAUGGUGUGAUGCUGUUGCAUGAAGAGUUCAAUAUUUCCACAAUAUAUCCGGUUUUAAUAAAGGAACUGAUAGAGCGUCUUGGCGUAGAUGCUUCGGAUACUCAGACGGCUCGUCAUUUUAGUCAGUUCUUAGUCGAACUAGGUACUCUCACACCUAAGCUGAUGAUUCCCCACCUUUCGACUUUGAGUGAGGAACUUUUGGGACUAGACUCUUAUAUGGUUCGGAACUGCGUUCUACAAAUUAUGGGAGAAGCUAUUCUUUCGGAACUAUCUUCUGAAGACUUGAGUGAAGAUUUCAAGGAAACUAGGAAUGAAUUUCUUGAAGAUUUGUUCAACCACACGAUGGAUGUAUCGGCGCAUGUUCGAUCGAAGGUGUUGCAAAUUUGGCACUUCUUGCAACGUCAAAACGCCGUUCCCCUUAUGUGGCAACAUCAGGUGCUGGAAAGGGCCGUGGAACGGUUGGAGGACAAAGCGCUACUUGUUCGAAAGAACGCUAUCGCUUUAAUCAAAGUAUUCUUAGAACACAAUCCCUUCUCAGCAAAGUUAUCACUAGCUGAAUUGCGCACACAAUACGAACAAGUGGAUAAACAGCUGCAGGAAAUACGCGAUAAAAUGGUCGAACAGGAUACUGCUUUGAAAAAAAUUGAAGAAGAUUGGGACGAUCUGACGGUACAGAUGUUUCCAGUAAUCUCAGAAGUGCUUUCGAAAGAAAAUUCUUCCGAAGAUACGACUCAUCUGGAGGGAACAUUAGAAGAUGGAAAGAAAUUAGUCGAGGAUAUCGGAGACAUGAUCGAAGGACAGCGAUACAAGGAACUGGUCCUACUGGCGUGCAAGGUAGACUACGCUUUGGGAAAUACCGAAACAAGAAAAACGUUCACAGUGGAACAACAAUGUAUGUAUUACCUAACGGUUUUAAAAAGCUAUUAUAUAAAUACGAAGGUCGACAAGGAUUUGAAUGAAAAGUUUCAAAAAAUAGAAAGCGAAGUCAAUUUUCUGAAAGAUUCAAUCCGGUUCUCGGAAAUUGUUGCUGGUGCUGUUCCAAAAUUGCAAGAAAUGUUGAAAUCGAAAUCGCAGACAGAUGUUUACGAGGCAAUCGAAUUUUUCACCUACGCUUACCUGUUCGGUAUUAAAGGAACUGAAGGUGGCAUGCAACAAAUGUUGUAUCUAGUUUGGGAUUCCGAUGCAGAUAAACGUAGUAGUGUAGUUUCUGCAUACAAGAGAGUGCUGUUGGAGGUUGAUUUGGAAGGUCGAGCCAAACACGUUAAGACUGUGCGAAACUUGUGUCAAUUUAUGAUAACGCUCAAUGCUGGCCAUUAUGCCGCUAUGGAAGUGCUGAUUCGCGAAUGGGUCGAAGGUGGAGAUAUCGAUGCGCAGAUGAUCCAGGUAAUGUUCGAAAUAUAUACUAAAAAAUUAGAAACUGUAUCUGAUGACGAAUCCCGCCAAGCGCUGCAAUUAUUGAUUAUGGUGUCAAGUGGUAAACCAUCCGUAGUAAAAGCCAAUCAACCGUUGAUUGAAAGUAUCGGUUUCGAUGACAGAGGUUUACGUGAUCCUCGUAUUUUUACUGCCACGCUGUCACUGCUAAUUAACUCUACUUCACAACCGAAAGAUGCUGGGAAGCAUUACAGACGUAUUGAGCCUGACUGCCCAACGGUAGUGAAAAUUAUUGACAUUUUUAUAAAGAUGUUUUUUAAUAAUAAAAUUGUAUGCUUUGACGAAAUCGGUACAAAAACAUUUGAUUACAUUUACAAAAUAGUCAAUACACCAGAUAUUGUCAGUCAGAGCAUACUGGUUAAAAUAUAUGACAAAUUGCAUUCACUAGAAACACAGCUGAAGAGAAAGGAAGAAAAUAACAGGCUUUCACAAGAAGAUACUAUCCCUGGAGCAACACAGGAAAAUCAGAACCGCCCAUCACAAGCUUUAACUAAUUCUCAAGGUCGCCAAAUUACGGUCACCUUACCAACAUUCUUGGUCGUGCGUUAUGUACUCGUUAUUGGUUACAUUGCGAUGCGAGAGAUGAUCUAUUUGGACAUUGACGUGUACGCCAAUCUCAAAUAUCGUCAAGAAUUAAAGGAUGAACUUAAAAAUCAGAAGAAAAAAACCGCUGCUCUUACCAAAAGUAUACCGAAACGUAAAACUAUGAACAUGAACGUAUCAGCAAGUAGUGCGAUUAAACGCUGGUCUGGGCCAGGUGGGAAAGAACACGAACAGCCAGAAGAAGAAGAAUUGUUGAGCGGAGCGACGGCCGAAGACGCCGCUGCUGAACUAAUCAAUGCUAUUUGUGAACAGGAAAUGCUCGGCAGCAUACAUAAUUUACUAGGUAGAUUCAUACCGAUGAUUGUUGAAAUAUGUCGUCAUCCAAACAAACAUCGAGAUGAGACACUACAAAAAUGCGCUGUGCUUACACUGAUACGAAUGAUGUCAGUCUCUUCGAAAUUUUGCGAAAGUCACAUGUCCUUCCUGAUGAACAUUCUACAAUACACGAAACAAAAUCAGAUCAAAUGUAACAUCAUGAUCGGUUUAUCCGAUUUGACUUUCCGCUUUCCGAACGUAAUUGAACCGUGGACUAGCUAUAUGUAUGCAACUUUGCACGAAAAGGACAUAGAAUUGCGUUUAACGGCCGUCAAAAUGCUAUCGAAUUUGAUCCUGCACGAAAUGAUUCGCGUCAAGGGUCAGAUAUCAGAUCUAGCCAUGUGUAUCGUAGAUCCUGCGCCGGAAAUUCGAACAAUCACCGAACAGUUUUUCAAAGAGAUUGCGAAUAAAUCGAACAUUCUUUACAAUGUUUUGCCAGAUAUCAUUUCACGGUUGAGUGAUCCGACCUUAAAUUUAGAGGAAGAAAAGUAUCAUACCAUAAUGCAACACAUUAUUGGUCUGAUCAAUAAGGACAAACAAAUUGAAAGUUUGGUUGAAAAAUUGUGCCUUCGUUUCCGGGUGACAACCGAGCAACGUCAAUGGCGCGAUAUCGCUUUCUGUUUGUCGCUUUUGUCGUACAAUGAGAAAACUAUUCGUAAACUAUCAGACAAUAUCAGCUGCUUUAAAGAUAAGGUACAGUACGAUGAAAUACUCGGGUCGUUCAAAACUAUCAUCAGCAACACCAACAAACUAGCGAAACCGGAAUUGAAGACUGCCGUUGCUGAGUUUGAGAAUCGCAUCCAAGAGUGCCUGGCAAUCCGAGAAGAUGGAACCGCAUUGGGAACGGCGACUGUUAGCGACGAAGGUGCCGGUAGUUCAAGUCAAUUUACAGCACCAACCACUGGUAGUCGAACUACGGGCAGGCAAGGUCGACCAAAUCCUAAAUCGGCAGUAAAAAGCAAAACAACAGCUGGUAGGACCCGUCAAGGUCGAACGCAGAAACAAUCGUCUUCAUCAUCAUCGGACAACAGUGACAGCGAAGAGGAAAACAUGCCGCCAGCGGCAAGUGCUCGAGCCGCUGCACGUGCUCGCCAAAACAAAAAAAUAACCAAGGUUAUCGAGAGCGACAGUUCAGACACUGAAAUCCUGCCUAGACGUAGACCCAAAUCUAUUCAAGUGCAAAAUUAAGCCAAUAGGAAGCAUUAUGUACCGACGCAAUAUCAGCACUAUCAACAACUCUAUACCUAUUUUAGUUUUUUUAAACAUGUUCACGAUUCAAUGGCACUUACGCUCGUUUUCUUUUAAACGUUUUUAAUUCACAAACAUUAUUAGAAUUAGGAUUCUUAUAUUCGUUAGUUUGUAGAGUUCAUUUUAAGCCCAAUCCUGUAUCGAUAAGGAAAGUUAGAAAAUAUAAGCACUUAGAGCUAACACUCAUUCAUGAGCAAA